AUGGCGAAAGCUAAGCAACAGAAAUCUAAGCCUAAGAAACAACCGCAUCAGAAAGAAGGAAAGGAGUGUGAUCUCUCUCAAUUUCGUUCCCAGCUUGACGCUUUAGGGCUUAAGAUCAUCCAAGUGACUGCAGAUGGUAAUUGUUUCUUCAGGUCACUUGCCGAUCAAUUGGAAGGCAAUGAGGAUGAACACAGCAAAUACCGAAGCAUGAUUGUACAGUAUAUAGUGAAAAAUCGUGAAAUAUUUGAGCCUUUUAUUGAAGAUGAUGUUCCAUUUGAGGAUUACUGUAAAACCAUGGACGAUGAUGGAACUUGGGCUGGGAAUAUGGAGUUACAGGCAGCUUCUCUUGUCACUCGGAGUAAUAUAUGUAUCCACAGGAGCAUGUCACCACGUUGGUAUAUACGUAAUUUUGAAGAUACACGAACCCGCAUGAUCCAUCUGUCGUACCACGAUGGGGAACACUACAAUAGUGUGCGUUUGAAGGAGGAUGCUUGUGGAGGACCAGCCAGGCCUGUUGUAAUAGAGGCUGAUGCUAAAGUUUCAGAAGCGUCUAAACAAGCGAAAGCCACAGAGACCAAGUCCAAAAACAGAGCUAAUAACUGUAACGUGGAUGCUGCGACAAUCAAAGUAGUCAUGUCGGGCAUUUGCUGUGACAAUGCUGAGAAAGCUGAACAGGUUCUGUUACAAGUAAACGGUGAUGUGGAUGCCGCGAUAGAAUUCCUGAUAGCAGAGCAACGAAUGGAGUCUUUGACUGAAAAUGAUUUAGAAACCGCCUCUGCAGCAGAUACCACAAAUCCAAAGGAAGCAAGUGAUGGUACAAUGGAAAGCACCAAGCAACCCAGAGAAAAAAUGAAUGAGAAGAUCAAUGAGGAGGAAUCAGCUAGCUGCAGCAACAUCAAAACAGUCCAUACCGAUUGCAAUUUAAAGACCGAUGAUGAGAAGAUCCCGAGGAAUAAAUCGUGUCCAUGUGGUUCAAAGAAGAAAUACAAGUCCUGCUGCGGAACAGCAACAGGAAGAUCAUCUGUUAAACUGCUAGAGAGCCAAACAAUGGAGUCAAGGAAAGGGAGAAAGAAUUUGAGAAAAGGAACAUCGAAUGAAAUUGAAGCAAUUGCACUAGAUGUCGGUGCUCUUUGCAUAUAA